AUGGAAACCUUGCGGAGGAGCAUUGACUGGGCAAGGGGGAGGCUAAUUAAUGAAACGGCAGCAGAUGAGCUCCUUCAGCAAGUGACUGAGUACAUUCAGGAGAUCAGGGCCGCUAGUCACCUUGCACAUGAUUCACAAGCCAGUUCGGGUUACAUGGCUCCCUUGACCUGGAGUGGAGCUCGAGGUCCGCCCCAGUAUGCCAUUACUCGUGGACAGCUAGAAUUCCUCAUCUCAUGUGGAUUCAGACCGUCGCAGAUGGCGGAAAUUUUAAAUGUUUCUCUGAAAACCGUGAAACGGCGCUUAAGACGCUUCAAUCUUUCUCGCUCCACCUCCUAUUCGGACGUAACAGACGUCAACCUGGACGCCAUGAUUCGGGAUCUGGUAGGAGGGAAUGAACAACUUGGACCAGAGUCAGUCCGUGCCCAAUUGAGGGCAGAGGGUGUCCGAAUCCAGAGAAGGAGAGUGAGGGAGAGUAUGGUACGAAUCAACCCAAGAGCGGCUGCCCUUCGUGCGAUGUCGCAGAGGCUGCACAGAAGGUCUUACCGGGUGGCGGGACCAAAUUCUCUGUGGCACAUUGAUGGGAAUCAUAAACUGAUAAGGUGGAGGAUAGUUGUUCAUGGCAGCAUAGAUGGCUACAGCCGCCUUAUUGUGUUCCUCCGCGCGUCCAACAACAACCGCAGCAGCACUGUGCUGGAGUGCUUCCUAAGUGCAGUGGCCAAGUACGGAGUCCCCUCGAGGGUACGGACAGAUCAUGGUGGCGAGAACAAUGACGUUUGCCUGCUGAUGAAUGUCUUUCGAGGUUCUGGUAGAGGCAGUGCCAUAAGAGGAGCAAGCACACAAAAUCAGCGGAUUGAAAGACUCUGGGGUGACAUGUGGCGUGGAGUUAUCAAUGUCUACCAUGACCUCUUCCGUUUUCUGGAGAGAGAGGGUAUAGUGGACCCUGACAAUGACAUGCAUCUUUGGGCACUGCACUUUGUAUAUAUACCGAGGAUCAACAGGGACUUGAAUGCUUUCACGAACCAGUGGAACCACCAUGGUCUAAGGACCGAGAGGCACCAGUCCCCCUUGCAAAUGUUUGUUAGGGGUUGCCUAUCACAGCAGAGACAGCCAACCACAGCAAUCAGGGAUCUGUUUGCAACUGAGCCCGCGGAAGUUGCUGGUGAGACAGAGGGCACUGCGGGAGCAAUGGACGUUGGCCGUGCUGAAGCUGCAGGGACUGGGGACGCGGCUGCUGCAGCAGCGCCCCCUGAUAUUGACUGGCCUGAACGAGUGCAAGUGCCUCAGACACUGUUUACACUGGACCCUGUGAUGAGUCAACAACUUGAAGAGCAGUUUGACCCUCUUGGAGGCCAAAGAGUAAACCUUGGGAUUGAAAUCAUCAGAAAUGUCAUUACUUACCUGGAGUCCCUAAAUAUACAUUGAA